GAAUUGAAAGGGCUCCUUUAGCUUUCUAGUGCUAUUAUUUACUAUUCUUGCAAUGAGAUGGAUGAUCUCAAUGCCCGUUCUCAGUUUUUGGAACUCACCAAGUAUGCACUUCUUCUUGCAUUGCCUCUUCCUUGUUUUCCUCAAUUCAUCUCACCACACUCACUCUAUAUCUGUGAGGAAACAAGCAGCUCUUCUUGUUUCCUUAAAACAGAGUUUUUUUCAGUCCCAAGAUCACACUCUUUCAGCCUGGAACCUCUCCAAUUUCAAGCGUCUAUGCAACGGUUGGACCGGCGUGACUUGUGACAAGAACAAAUCAGUUGUUUCUCUUGACAUUUCCAGCUUAAACCUCUCGGGCCGUCUUUCUCCUUCUAUAUCUCAGCUUCGUAAUCUGAAGUUCCUGAACAUAUCAGACAAUCUCUUCAGCGGAUGCCUCGAUUGGGAUUUUUCAGCACUCCCGCAACUCGAAGUUCUGGCUGCUUACGACAACAACUUUACCUGCCCUCUCCCCGUUGGCAUUGCCCAGCUCAAGAGCCUGAAGUAUUUGGAUUUGGGUGGGAAUUAUUUUUCGGGGAAAAUCCCUCCCGGUUAUGGAAGCCUAGAGCGCCUCGGCUUUCUCUCCCUGGCUGGGAAUGACUUAAGGGGUGUCAUCCCCGGGGAGCUUGGGAAUCUUUAUAACCUCAAGUGGCUUCAUCUUGGCUAUUUCAAUGAGUUUGAUGGAGGGAUUCCAAAAGAGUUUGGUAAGCUCAUCAAUUUGCUUCACUUGGACCUUUCCAGCUGUGGCUUGAAGGGUCCAAUUCCUGUGGAGCUUGGAAACCUUAAGAACUUGACCACUCUCUUCUUGCAAACCAAUCAAUUGAAUGGCUCAAUUCCUCCACAGUUGGGAAAACUGGCUGGCUUGAAGUCGCUAGACAUCUCGAACAACGACCUAACUGGGGAGAUCCCGACCGAAUUCUCUUCUCUCCAAGAACUCACCAUCUUGAACCUUUUCAUCAACAAUCUCCAUGGCCAAAUCCCAGAGUCCAUUGCGGAGUUGCCCAACUUGCAAUCCUUGAAUCUGUGGCGGAACAAUUUCACUGGCUUCAUCCCCGCGAAGCUCGGGCAGAACGGUCAGCUCGUGGAACUCGACCUCUCCACCAACAAACUCACAGGAGAAAUCCCAAAGUCUCUCUGCUACGGAAAGAAAUUGAGAAUCUUGAUUCUGCUGAAUAACUUUCUGUUUGGGCCUUUGCCCGAUGAUCUCGGGCAGUGUCGGACGCUGUCCCGGGUAAGGAUGGGGCAGAACUACCUCACCGGUCAGAUACCGGAUACAUUCCUGUACUUACCGGAGCUCACACUGGUUGAACUGCAGGAUAAUCACUUCACAGGGAGAAUUGCAUUCGAGAAAAUAAAACCAUCUCCCAAGCUGGAAGGCCUGAAUCUCUCAAAUAAUGACUUCUCGGGUGAUCUCCCGCCCAGCAUUGGCAACUUCUCCGGCUUGAAGAAUCUCCUGCUUAGUGGGAACAGAAUCUCAGGUGGCAUUCCUUCAGAAAUCGGUAACCUCAGGGGAAUCUUGAAGUUGGAUUUGAGCAGAAACAAAUUCUCCGGCAGCAUUCCCCCGGAGCUCAGCAAUUGUCCCUCACUGACUUACCUGGAUUUAAGCAAGAAUCUCCUCUCCGGUUCUAUCCCGGUUCAAAUCUCUCAAAUUGGAAUCCUGAAUUUCCUCAACGUUUCUUGGAAUCACUUGGAAGAUUUCCUUCCAGAAGAGAUUGGAUCCAUGAAGAGCCUAACUUGUGCAGAUUUUUCUCACAAUAACUUCACCGGUUCAGUCCCUGAAACCGGGCAGUACUUGCUCUUCAACUCCACUUCUUUCGCCGGCAACCCUCAUCUCUGUCUAACUCUCUGCAACUCUUCUUCCUCUGCGUCGCACUCCUAUCUCAAAACCCAAAGCCAUAAAUCAGACUUCCCGGCAAAAUAUAAGCUGAUAUUCGCGGUCGGGCUUCUUCUAGGCUCCGUGGUUUUCGCCUCAAUUGCAGUGAUCAAGGCAAGGGAAGCGAGAGAAAAUCAUCCCAAGUCAUGGCAGCUAACGGCAUUCCAGAAACUGGAAUUCGGAAGCGAAGAAGUCUUGGGAUGCUUGAAGGAAACCAAUAUAAUUGGGCAAGGAGGAGCAGGGGUGGUGUACAGAGGAACGAUGGGGAAUGGGGAGAACGUGGCGGUGAAAAAACUCGGAAUCAGCAAAGGAUCGCACGACAAUGGCCAGGCCGCGGAGAUUCAAACGUUAGGGAGGAUAAGACACAGGUACAUUGUCAGGCUGCUGGCAUUUUGUUCCAACGAGGAAACAAACUUGCUGGUUUAUGAGUAUAUGCCUAAUGGGAGCUUGGGAGACGCCAUCCAUGGAAAGAGUGGAGGGAUUCUGAAAUGGGAAACCAGGCUGAAAAUUGCCAUAGAAUCUGCAAAGGGCCUUGCUUACUUGCACCAUGAUUGCUCCCCUCUUAUAAUCCACCGCGACGUCAAGUCCAACAACAUCCUGCUUGACUCCGACUAUGAAGCACACAUUGCUGAUUUCGGCCUCGCCAAGUUCUUGCACGACAACGGUGCCUCCGAGUGCAUGUCUGCAAUUGCGGGCUCUACAUUGCUCCAGAGUACGCGUACACGUUAAGGGUGGAUGAGAAGAGCGACGUGUAUAGCUUCGGGGUGGUGCUGUUGGAGCUAAUAACGGGGCGAAAACCGAUUGGGGAUUUCGGGGAGGAAGGGAUGGACAUUGUCCAGUGGGUGAAGCGGGAGACAGACAGGAGCAAGGAAGGGGUGGUGAAGAUCAUAGAUGAGAGGCUAAAGAAUGUCCCAUUGGAAGAAGCAAUGCAAGUGUUGUUUGUUGCAAUGCUGUGUGUGGAAGAGCACAGUGUGGAGCGUCCCACCAUGAGGGAGGUUGUCCAAAUGCUUGCCCAAGCAAAACAGCCAAUUAAGCCAUUCUUCUAGCCUGAUUUUCAUAAAUGUUCUCUCUCCCUCUCUUAGCUCUCGGUCACUUUUCUAGUCGUCGCCUUGUCGUUUUCUAUAUAAUCAACAACCAAUGCUCCUAGAUUUUGCUUUUAGAACUUAGUAACUUG